AGAUCAGUUUCUGUUUCGGUGUCACCGCCGCGGCUCCUUAUCGCGCGGCAGCCUCGCGAUAGCGCCUCGCCUUCCAGAAUCAAAGCUUCCGUUUCGCGAGCUGGAUGCUGCUGACAGACGCGCGGCGCGGUCGUCAUGCAGAGGCUACACCGGAUCCGCUCCAGCGAGUCUCUGAAGAAGCUGCUCCUCCGCCGGACCCGCACGGAGCACAGCGCGCGAGACGUCUAGCGGACGCCAACAACAACAACAACAAACAAACAAAAAGCUCGGGACUCGCGUUUUAGCGGCCCGUUUUGGCAACGGCAGGUGUCCGAACGAUGGACGAAAGUUUAGGAUUCCCGCAGACGGCGGUGUGUUCGCUGGAUCCCAUCAGCGGUAAAGUGGCUUCAUGAGUGUCCAAAGUAACAGUGGAAGUGGUGGUGGAAGUUUGGAGGCGACGCCAUCUUGGUCGCAGCUCUCCUCGUCCCCAACGAUUUCUCAACAACAUAUAACGGCGACCGCAAAGAGCAAGGAAGGCCCCAUGGAGGAGCUGCACAGCCUGGAUCCCCGGAGACAGGAGUUGCUGGAGGCCAGGUUCACAGGAGCUGUCAGUGGUAACACAGGAGGCAGCACUGGGAGCACCAGUGGAGGUGCUAAGGGUCUGGCCAACGAGUCCUCUAACCACAGCUACGGCAGUCUGGGCUCCUCUAGCGACAAGGAAUCAGAGAACUCUGAUUUGAAAAGAGGGAGCUCCCCUGCCUACUCAACCCCGGAGAAAAAACACUCUGAAUCAUCCAGGGGGAGGAAAAGAAAAGCAGACACCUAUUCAGAAAGCAGUCAAGGGAAGACGUCCACGCGAGGGCCCAAGAUCAGUGACUACUUUGAUUUCCAGAGUGGGAAUGGUUCCAGUCCAGUCAGGGGUCUCCCCUCAGCCCGCCGCUCUCCACAGAACUCUCACUCUGCCCCAGGCUCAAUCAUCCGACAGAAUAGCUCCUCUCCUACGAGUCUGUGUUUUGGUGACCACAAUCCUAAAGCUUCCUCCAGCAAGUGUGUCCAGACGGAUCUAACGGGGCUGAAACUUGCUGCUCUGGAGAGCAACAAGAGUCUGGACCUGGAAAAAAAAGAGGGGCGUAUAGAUGACCUGCUGAGAGCCAACUGUGACCUGCGGAGGCAGAUAGAUGAACAGCAGAAACUCCUGGAGAAAUACAAGGAGAGGCUCAAUAAGUGCAUCACCAUGAGCAAGAAACUGCUAAUAGAGAAGAGCACCCAGGAGAAGCAGUCGUGUCGCGAGAAGAGCAUGCAGGACCGCCUCCGUCUCGGUCACUUCACCACCGUCCGACACGGAGCGUCUUUCACGGAGCAGUGGACGGACGGCUACGCAUUCCAGAACCUGAUCAAGCAACAGGAGGGCAUCAACCAGCAGAGGGAGGACAUAGAGCGACAGAGGAAGCUGCUGGCCAAGAGGAAGCCUCCCAACCCUGCAUCUCCCUCCCUCUCGGUUGCCUCCACUUCUGAAGCCAAGCAGCGGAAGGCUAAGGUGGUCAACGGCAACGACUCGGACCCGUUUCUCAAGCCCUCGCUGCCUCAACUACUGACGCUCGCGGAGUACCACGAGCAGGAAGAAAUCUUUAAGCUUCGCCUCGGACAUCUGAAGAAGGAGGAAGCAGAGAUCCAGGCAGAGCUGGAGCGGUUGGAGCGGGUGAGGAACCUCCACAUCCGGGAGCUAAAGAGGAUAAACAACGAGGACAGCUCUGCUUUUAAAGACCAUCCCACCUUGAAUGAGAGGUACCUCCUGCUGCACUUGCUGGGCAGGGGUGGCUUCAGUGAAGUCUAUAAGGCUUUUGACCUGUUUGAGCAGCGCUACGCAGCUGUCAAAAUCCACCAGCUCAACAAGAACUGGAGAGAAGAGAAAAAAGAGAACUACCACAAGCAUGCAUGCAGGGAGUACCGGAUACACAAACAGCUGGACCAUCCCAGAAUAGUCAAACUCUAUGACUAUUUCUCCCUGGACACUGACACGUUCUGUACAGUUCUGGAGUUCUGUGAAGGCAACGACCUGGACUUCUACCUGAAGCAAAACAAGCUGAUGUCAGAGAAGGAGGCGCGCUCCAUCGUCAUGCAGAUCGUCAGCGCCCUGCGCUACCUCAACGAAAUCAAGCCCCCCAUCAUCCACUACGACCUCAAGCCCGGUAACAUCUUACUGGUGGACGGCACUGCGUGUGGAGAAAUCAAAAUCACAGACUUUGGCCUGUCUAAGAUUAUGGAUGAUGAUAACUACGGUGUGGACGGGAUGGACCUCACCUCACAGGGGGCGGGCACCUACUGGUACCUUCCUCCCGAGUGUUUCGUGGUGGGGAAGGAGCCGCCUAAAAUCUCCAACAAGGUGGACGUGUGGUCUGUGGGAGUGAUCUUCUUCCAGUGCCUCUACGGCCGCAAGCCGUUUGGUCACAACCAGUCACAGCAGGAUAUUCUCCAGGAAAACACCAUCCUCAAAGCCACGGAGGUCCAGUUCCCUGCCAAACCACAGGCUAGCACAGAGGCCAAGGCAUUUAUCCGACGUUGUCUGGCUUACCGCAAGGAGGACCGGUUUGAUGUUCACCAACUGUGCUCGGACUCCUACCUCCUCCCUCACAUGAGGCGUUCAAACUCCUCCGGCGCCCUGCAGUCCUCCGCCUCAUCUCUUUCUACCUACUGACUGGCUCUCUCGCAUCAUUAAAAGUAGCCUCUGGCUGAUCUCAAGACAGGGUUGUUGGAAUUUAAAGAUAAUGGAUGGGGCUCUUUUUUCUUCUUUUUUUUUUCACCUGAGCUUUUCCCAAAUGGAUGAAUAAGCAAUAGAGCAGAGUUUAACUGAAAACACAAGAUGGAAAGGAAUGAAGAAGUGGAAGAAGGAUACUCCCUUUGCACGGGUCGGCCAAAGUUGUGCCUCAGAACUCUACUGUGCAAGAGAGGGGAAGGAACAUAACUGGAAAAUAGGGGAGAGAGAUAAAGCAGGGCAAGAAUUGAAAGAGAGGCUCAGCAUUGUUUGGACCCCGAAAAGAAAAUGAUGAAUCUAUGGACUUAAUUCAAUAUUUCAACAACUGUAGGAGGUCUUCGAUGCCGUGUGCAAGCCCACCUCUCUUGGCUCUACGCCACAAUAAAUCUCACAAGAUGGCUCCACAUUUCUUCAGCAUGAAGACGCUGUUGUAGACAAUAUCUCCAGCAGCAGGAAUCUGAGUGAAAAGAGCAAACGGGUGUGCGUUGCAGAGCGAGUAUGAGUGACAGAGCGCCAAAUGUCGGCCAGCGGCUCGUAUAAACUAAACUGCACAUCAUUGUUACGAGGCACAAAAUGAGGGCUACAUUUGAUGGAGUUAUAAUCCCAUUACUGAUAAUCCCACUUGUACAUGAUGGGGUUCACUUGAGAGAGAGAGAUGUUGUGACCUCCACGUAAAAAAAACAAAAUGUCUGUGGUUGAUUUGCACGUCCGGUCCGGGUGAUCUGGUCUCGCACGUUUUGCCGUGAAGUACUGCAGCGCCGGCUUCUUCUGAACUAAUCAGGCGCCCAAGUCCUCUGUUCACGUUUUUCUUUCAUUGCAAGGCAAUUCAGAUCGACCGCUGUGUUUACAGGAAGUAGGUCUGUGAAUCUGUCUUAAUCACCUCCGUUGGUCAGGUGAGAGUCUUAAGUAUUACAGUACCAUGUCUUCAUUGGUGUCCUCAUCGUCCGGCCCGAAGAUGGAAGCUGGACUGACCUGAGCGACUGCAUCGGCUCUUACUGUACCGCAAAGACCUGGGACUGAAUUUGUGUGUACAUUUCACAUGCAGGAGACAUUACUCACUAGCAGAUCCAUAAUAAUGAGGCUUAGCCUUCCUCCUCAGCGUCUCACUUUGCUCUCCGUUCAUUCGUGUCUCCUCCUGAAAGCUGUUCUCAGUUUGCUGCUAUAAAUUUUGCUUUUAGUUUGUGACGUGUGAAUGGCUUUUUUUUUUUUUUGUUGCCUUGAAUAUGUGCAUACUUGAACUGUGUUAAGAGGGAGCACUCAUAACCCACCCCCACUGUGCUAUUCGGGGUGUGCAACACACUUUAGUGCCACAAACACCAAUGACCACGUGUGUUUUGGUUUAAUUUUAGGUACAAGUCCAAACGAGGACAUACGGGGGCACAGUCCCAGUGUGCUGUGUUGGGAGGAAUGGUGUGUUGCAGCAUCUGUUUACUGCCACUCCUAAAUCAAGUGGAUAUAUCCCAAAUGUUUUCACCCUAUAAAUAAAACACUUACCUGUACGUGGUUGUGACAUGACGAAGCCUCUGAACUCCGUCCGAUAAAAGACACGUGGGAGUUAGAGGGCUGCAACUUGUGGGAGUUUCUUCUCUCUUUGCUUCUGACUGCUUCCAAGCUUGUGAUUGAUUUUUUUUUAAAAAAAUUUAUGUGCCAACAAUUACUUGAACAAACCCACCAGGCAUGUAGUUACAGAAACAUUAAACUGCGGGAAGCGAUGAAGCGCA